AUGGCGCAUUACGUAAAUGUCCCGGUGUGUCACGUGAUCGGCAACAUUUUUAUCAAAGAUGUCAGUAUGGUGAUUCCGGACAGUCGAGCCAUCCAGGUGAACUCGUUGCACAGCUGCAGGCCCAAAGAGGAGUGCAGAGUGAUCGGCACUGUGCCGGCUCCGAUAAAAGACGAACCUCGGACGACCGAUAAGCGCCGUAUCAGUCGUCUUUUGUCACGAAAAAAACAACGUCGGUCGGUCUCAACUGCCGUCCAUCGGGAACCGUGUGAUAUGUUCGAAACCGGUCCUCGUACUGUAACGGUAGGGUCGAACACGCGUAAUUCUCAGGUUGUGGAUGCGCUGAAUGAUUACAAUGUUGUCAUUGAUCGUGCCACACAUAUGACGGAAUCGGCUGAACCAAUUGCAUCGGUACAGAAAAAGCCGCCACAGGUUGUCACGAACGAGAUAUCGGGUGCGGAGUUUCAUCCCAAAACCCGCUACUUGUCCGUUUCGCCCCAGCCACCCUCACUAGGUUUGACUCAGAACACACAAGACAGUGGAUACAAAUCGGCUACAAUUCGAUCCACAGAGCGGGACAAUUUAUCAGCUGAAGUGCAUGGCGAGGGCAUCAUGUUCCAGGUAAUCGAUCAAGUUAUUUAA